AUGCUGUUUGCAGCUAAAUCCUCCUUCGGACAAAGACCGUCCAUUCCUGGCGCUCCACGGACCUCAUCAAAAUGCAGUCGUCUAUUCUCCACAACCUCCGGCCAGCAAGAUUGGCUGACGCCGAAGCGGCCAGAAGUAAGAAAGUCUAUGGUAGGACGACCUCGAAUGCCAACGGGAGGAUCGGUACGCGGCACGACCGUAGUAUGGGGAGAUUACGGCCUCAGGAUGAAAGACCAUGAUCGGAGAGUAUCAGCAAAACAACUCAAAACCGGCGAGGAAGCCAUCCACAGAAGACUUCGAGGAGAACGUUACAAGCUAUACAAAAGAGUCAGCGCGAAUAUUGGUGUCUACACAAAAGGCAGUGAUGUGCGUAUGGGAAAAGGAAAGGGUAAAUUCGAUUAUUGGGCAGCUCGAAUCCCCGUCAGCAGAGUCAUCUUCGAACUCAAGGGCAACAUCCACGAGAAAGUUGUGAGGGACGCUUUCAGAUUGGCCGGCCACAAAUUACCCGGUCUAUGGGAGUUUGUCCAAAAAGGCGAUCCGCCCGUGGUUGGAAUUACCAAAUUGGGCAACGGAGUGACCUUGGAAACGCUCAAAGAGGCCAAGAGAGAAGUGGAAGCAAAAGACAAGGAGCCGCAGGCCGUCGUUCCUCCUAUGAUGGACGUGCCGCCCCAAACAAUCUCAACCGACCUGGACAGCCCACCAACGACUGUCCAUGUGUCGCCAUGA